AUUUACCGUAAGAAAUGUGUGUGGCAGUCGAUAAGAGUAUCACCUCUUUCGGUAAUGCUCGAGUGCUGUUCACUCGACUCGUGAGUAAUUUUAGCGGCGAUCGUUGACAGAAAAAAGAUGGAAUCCGACGAGAUUGAGAUACCUUCGAAGUCGGGAUCGAAUAUUCGAAAUGACAAGAACGUGGUUAUCGACUACGACGAAGACAGACUUCACGAAAUGACAGCGUCUUACUCUGAGAUAUCAUUUGAUUCGCAAUCCUCGCCACCUAUCUCGGAAUUAAGAUCGCUUAUCGAUUCCCCUGAUAUUGACAGUGGGAAGUACUUAGAUGACAACCUAGAUAAGAUAGGCGGAGCUGGACACAGGCCGGAUCAAUUGAAUUUAAGAAGCAGAGGCGGCAGUCCAACAGAGGAUGACGAUCUAGACCCACCGAGUUAUCACAGGGCCAUUGGUUACCUGAAAUUGGAGGGUAGCGUAAUGCAGGAUGGAGAUAUGGUGUUGUUUGUAACGGAAAAUUUGGAAAAUAAAAUUAAAUUGUCCAGUCCUGUAACCAAGAAGGGUGAUACCCCGUCGUUUCCGGGAUCUCGAAGUUCAACUCCGUGCCUCUAUAGGCAAGCCUUGACCCCUCAGUUACCAUCCCUCGACCAUAAUGUAUUGAACGAACUGGAAAUGGAGGCUAGGAAAGUGGCAACUUCUGUGGAUGCAUUGACCGAGAACCUGGCUGCGAUCUUACAAAAUGCAUCUGCUCUCACAGUGGGUUGCUUGGAGACUUACAGAGAUGCAGUGUGUAAGACGUGCGACGCUGUGGAUCAUAAUAUUAAGUCAAUGUACCAGUUGAUGGCCAAGUGCGAGGAAUUGUCCAAGUCGAUGGGAUCAAUUUACAAGUUGGCGGAGCAGAUCAAAGAGAUGAAGAGGAUGCUGGAGCUGUUUGAGAGCGCGAUGAAUCUGUGAGGCGGCCAUCUCGAUCUCGAUAAAUCAUUCUGUCGCGGGUCGCUCUCGCUAUUCUUCUUCAAUGGAUGCAACGUCGCACAUUGUCGUCCGUUAAUUUAUGGUGCGGCGAGAGUAAGUAAAGCGGCGGAAUAUUGCGUUUCCGUUGAUGUAUCACAACAAAUAGAAUAAUUUAGCGUUUAUGUUUUCGAAGUUCUUCAAACGCGCGCGUACAUGCAUGUGUGUGUGUGUGUGUUUGCCCAACGGAGAUACGUUCGGCUAUCGAUUCACGAUAGAUUCUUAUCGAGACGAUUAACAUACGGAGGGGAGACAGUGUGGAAUGCACAAGUAUAAAUUACACAACUUUAGCGGGUAAUUGUAAUAGAAAAACAGAAUUAGCUCUCGCAGCUAAAAACUAACACAGGUAAAAAUUAGUUGUCCGUGUAAUACAAUUGAAAUUUAGUUAAUUUAGAUAAUUUUCUUGUUCCUGUAACUAGAUUUCAAUUGUAUCAUAUGAAUAGCUAAUUCUUUUUCCGUGUGCAGAUAAUAAUUCUAUAUCUGAUAAUGGUUUCAACUUGAGCGACGCAGUGUGUCGGGGACUAGCAGUUUCGAUGUUCCGCAAUGUCGCUGUUGGAUCAAUUGCAUUCUUCUAAUUUAUAUACGUCGCACAGUGUUUUCAGUUUUUCUCCGCAAUUACCUCCCCGUAUAUAUUGUACAUACGCUGAAACUAUAAAUGUUAAAUAAAAAACCCCAAUGAAUACAA